UUGAGUAUAUCUCAUGUGCAUUUCAUGUGUAUGCAUCGCAUUUUAUUAUUCUCACAUUUUCUUGUUAACGUGGAUCGUACAGAAGUGUAGAGCUAGUAAGCGCGUGCUACCUUCAAAACUUAAGAGCCUGUCGUGCGAAUGCUUUUGUUGCUAAGCAACGUCGUUUGUGAGCAUAACGACUGCAAACCUCGUAAAGGUAUACAGUCGCACGUUGCAGAAAGUUGGAACAAUAAAAUACCCUUGGAAAAAAUUCAAUCUAUCCAGCUGUCAAGUAGCCUGAUGGCAUCGUCCGUAGUGGUGGACGGGGGUCUUAGGAGGACAACGUGCAGAUAUCACCGUGAAGAGAUAACCUUACACAGCACCUCAGACUCCGAAACGGAGCCAGAAAAUGACAGCGAAACUGGGAGCGAUUCGGAGACGGAACCCCACGACGCUGAUCAGACGCAAGAGGAAGAACCGCCGCCGGGGCCCUCAUCAGCCGAGGGUCCCGCUCCGUUUACUGGACACGGAGAGGCUGCACAGAGCCAGCCCACAACAGACGGAAACCUCCGCAUACACCUGGUCCUAGAAUGUGAAGCCGUGGUCAUGGCAUGUCAGUUCAGUAUCGACGGAAGCCUGUUGGCUGUUGGACUCGCAGAUGGCUCCAUCAAGGUGUAUAGCACAGACAACGGCGAUCUGAUCCGCAUUCUGAGAGAUAGCAGCAGUGUCCUGCCAGCUCUGCCUGUGACCAGCCUGCGCUUCACCAUCAGUGCCCAGUCGCACUGCCUCCUGCUGGCGACAUAUGCCAGUGGUAGAGUGAGGUGCUGGUAUGUUUGGGGUGGUGAGUGUGUGUGGUGGGUAAGGGAGGCCAGGGAUUGUGGAGGAAGACUGGGAGUAAGAGAGCAGAGACAGACCCUGUGUCUGUCCAUCUCUGCCUCUGGAGAACGAAUACUGACUGGAGGCUGUGAUGCAGCUAUCCACAUAUAUGACCUCAGCACUCACCAGAGACUACAGAUCUACAGGGCCAGCUCUAUGAGGACAGUCAUGGAUGGCCACUGCUCUCGCGUGUUUGCAGUGACUUUCCAUCCUGAGAGAGACACACAAUUUAUAUCAGGAGGAUGGGACAGCACCAUUCAAUUCUGGGACACCCGACAAGAGCAUUCUGUCAGAAUGUUCUCUGGUCCUCAUGUGUGUGGUGAGGCCCUUCACAUUGACCCAUCAACCAAUCAGAUUCUCUGUGGAUCCUGGAGGAAAUACAACACCCUGGAGGCGUGGGAUUAUAAUUCUGGUAAAAAAGUGUUUGAUGUACCUGAAGACCCACAUGGGGACAGCAGAGUCUACACCUGCCAUUGGUUUGGCCAGGAUUACAUCACAGCAGCCGGAGGCCAAUCAAACAUGCUGCGGGUCGUUGACCGCCACAGACUAACGACGGCUUCGAGGUUGUUUGGUUUGUCCGCGGCUGUCUACAGUUCUGCUGUGUGCCUGUCAGGAAAGUGGGCGGGUCUGAUAGCCGCCGCCUCAGGAGACAGCGUGUUUCUGUUAAAUAGAAAUUAGCAUGGUCAGAAACACCCCCUCUAAGAAAGUGUGUGUUUAUGUGUGUGUUCAGCAGAACCACAGUUUAAGACCUUAGCUUCUAGUAGACUCUAGCAAAGCAGCAAUGAAAAAGUCAUACAAGACAAUAAAGUAGUUUAAGUGUUUGAGCAGGUGUUUGACCUUUAAAUGUAUGACAGAAACU